AAGUUUUACAAUCGUCCCAGUGAAAAAUUGUGUACUAUUAGAUGAUAAAUACUACUAUUGAUAUAUUAUUUAUUACAUACUAUUAGCAAGGCCAAAGAUAAACAACGUUACGUUUAUCACAAAGUGAUGAAUUGUUGGUAAACUUGUUUUGAUUACGUCGAUUUCCUUGUCGCUUUUGUUAGUAUAAUUUUGUGGUGUGUUAUUACUCAUAACUAUUUCUUUUAUAGGCCAGCAAAUAAUGGUGUUUUACAGGGACGUAUCUCCCUCUUAUAAAAAAUUUAAAUGAAUUCAUAGAAUCGGAAAUGGAAAGAAGAUUGGAAGAUAAUUCUCAACUUUGUAUUAAUGCAUCUGUUUCCGAUAGUUUUGAACAGGACACUUCUAGUUGUAGCUACAUAUGUUGCCAUCCAAAAGGCAGUGGCCAUCGGUUUAUAGCGUUAUUUUUUAUGUGCUGGCUUGGAUUUGGUUCAUAUUUCUGUUUCGACACACCAUCAUCCUUGAUCAACACGUUUAAAGAAGAUCUUCAUCUUACAAACACAGAAUUUUCGUUACUGUAUUCGUUAUACUCAUGGCCUACUGUGGUGCUAUGCGUUGUAGGAGGAAUAUUAGUGGACAGUGUGUUUGGCAUCCGCCUAGGUGCAAAUAUUUAUAUGCUGAUCACACUCGUUGGGCAGGUGUGUUUUGCGAGUGGCGCAUUGUUUAAUGUGUUUUGGUUGAUGGUUUUGGGAAGAUUUAUAUUUGGGAUGGGAGCCGAACCCUUGGCGGUUGCCCAAAAUAACUACGCCGUGCUAUGGUUCAAAGGGAAGGAACUUAAUAUGGUGUUCGGUGUGCAGCUAAGUUUUGCAAGACUCGGAAGCGCUGCUAACUUUUGGGUAAUGGAACCGGUUUACGAUUGGAUGAAAGAGUAUUAUACGGGUUAUAAAUGUCUAGGGAUUGUCCUAUUUAUUGCUACAACAACAUGCCUCUUGUCUAUGAUCUGCUCAAUAAUUUUGGGCUGCAUCGAUAAGAGAGCUGAACGUAUCUUAAGAAGAAAUGAAAAUACACCCAAAGAAGUGAUUAGAUUCAAAAAUGUUAAAGAGUUUAGUUUACACUUUUGGCUAAUCUCGAUUAUUUGCGUUUCAUAUUAUAUAGCAAUUUUUGUAUUUAUUUCAUUCGGGAAGGAAUUUUUUAUGAAACGAUUCGGUCUGAGCUCGGAUGCCGCGAAUAAAGUGAACAGUAUGAUAUAUCUAAUAUCAUCGGUUGGAUCGCCAGUUUUGGGCUUUGCUGUCGAUAAAAUUGGCAAAAAUUUAUUUUGGAUCAUUUUGUCGAUAAUUGCAACUAUUUGUGGACAUUACGUAUUGGCAUUCGCAACAUGGAAUCCUUAUAUCGGCAUGGUUGUUAUGGGAGUUGCUUAUUCUCUCCUAGCUAGUAGUUUGUGGCCAUUAGUGUCUUUAAUUAUUCCUGAACAUCAACUAGGAACUGCUUAUGGAAUCUGUCAAUCAAUCCAAAAUUUGGGUCUUGCUCUUGGCGCAAUCUUUGCUGGUAAAAUCGUCGACGAUUAUGGUCACAUAUGGCUUGAAGUUUUCUUCAUCUGCAGUCUGUUUAUUUCACUUGUGGCUAGCAUAAUUAUGCUAUUCUUUGACACAGCAGCAAAUGGUCCAUUAAAUAUGACACCUGCUCAACGUGAUCGGCACCAAAAGAGUGUUUUAGCUGCGCAAGCGUUAGAACGUGAAAAAUUGAUAUCGGCAGGUGUUGCCAGCUCCACUAGUUCCUCUCAGGAUUUAUUAAACUCAAACUCCGAUUUUCACAUUAGGAAUAGAUAUUUAUCACGAAUUGGUGCACCGCUACCAGCAAAUUAUGAUAUUACUAUGAAAGGACUUGCGUAUCGUGCUCUUCGAUAGCACUUAUAUAUAUUACGAUAGGCAAAUGUAAAUACAAUUUAGAGAAGAUUGAUAUUUUUGUAAAUACCUCACUUCGUAGGUAGACAAAUUUUGAUUUGUAUUGUGAUAAUACCAUAAGAAUAUAAAUUAAUUUACUGCAUUCCUAUCUUAGAUCUAAUGUGCAUAUCAGUAAUUACAUUUUGAAAGAUAUUGGUGCUCAAAACUACCGAUUAAUCCAUGUAUGAAAGCCAAAAAUUUUUUUUAUUCUUAGAACUAGACCUAUAGGUUGCAUGUGCGUUCUACUGUUUUAAUUAUUUAUACCUUUUAAACAUCACUCGAAUAAUAAAUGAUUUAAUUGUUA